GAAAAAGGCAAACAGGCUGCUCAGAAAAGCUUUGUGGACCUUGAACCGAAUAAAUAAUAACAACGAUCUGGAUCCGGCUGCUGCGCUUUUACGCAUUACGCACGCGGAUUCAUCUGGAUUUGUUCUCGCUCUUUAUCUCCACUCGCGCAGGUCCGCAGGAACUUUUCCUCUCCCCGUGUUUAAAUCCCCCAGACUGAUCAGUAAGAACUGAUCGGACGCUUCUGAAGUUCGGUUUGUGAUCCAAAACUCUGUUCUGGAGGAUAAAACAACAAAUCCGGAUUGUGUGUAGAGAAGAAAUGGAAAUUCUGGACGGCGGGGGAACCGUUCCUGCACUGGGACCGGAACCUGAGCGAACUGUCUGAGGCCACAGAAAUCGACUGUGUCCUCAACACCAAUCACUUCUCUGAGCUCCUGGACGAUCUAUCCCAAGAUGCUUUGCUGGGCCAGCUGCUCAGUGACCCGUUCCUGUGCGGGGUGAGAAACGGGAUGGAAGCCAUGGAUAGCGAGGAUGGGAGCGACAUUUCCCCGUCUUCCCCUCUCCCCCCUCACAUUACAGCUGAACACAGCUACUCUUUAUGUGGUGACAGUCGACCCCAGUCUCCCCUAUCACACCUCACCGGUGAGCCAGGCAGUGAAGCAGCAGAGUCGGACAUCGGGGAUUCAGCCGAGUGGGCCAUGGAGCAGGAGGAGGCCAUCGAGAGCCUCCUGUGCGACACGCCCUCUCUCCUCCCCACCAUCUCCCUGUCUCUGGCCUCCAGCGAGAGUCCAGAUGCACCAAAGAGCCCCGCCAUGACCCCGAGUGCCGCCGCCGCUCCAGCUCAGACACCAGCCCCCAAGGUCAUCAAGAUUAAGGAGGAGCACAUUAUUCCUCAGAUUAAACUGGAGCCUCAUGAAGUGGACCAGUUCCUCAAUCUGUCCCCCAAAGGUCUGGAGUCGCUCCGGAUGCCUCCCACUCCUCCCAGCUCCCACGGCAGCGACUCGGAGGGCAGCCAGAGUCCAGUCCACGCCCUGCCGGGUCUGUCCUGUCCCACCUCGCCCACCAGCCCGCUGCCGUCACAGGCCGGCCUGAAGGUGUCGCCACGAGCCGCGUCCUCGCUGUCCAACUCGCCUCUGCUCACUGCGCCGCACAAGUUGCAGGGUUCAGGACCUCUGAUCCUGACCGAGGAAGAGCGCCGCACGCUGGUGGCUGAAGGUUACCCAGUUCCGACCAAACUGCCGCUCACCAAAGCCGAGGAGAAGGCGCUGAAGAAGAUCCGCAGGAAGAUCAAAAAUAAGAUCUCAGCUCAGGAGAGUCGCAGGAAGAAGAAGGAGUACAUGGACGCGCUGGAGAAGAAGGUGGAGACGUGCUCCAAUGAAAACAGCGAGCUACGCAGGAAAGUGGAGACUCUGGAAUGCACAAACAAGUCUCUGCUGCAGCAGCUGCAGUCGCUGCAGGCGGCGCUCGCCGGCAAAGUCCACCGAUCGUACAGGAUGGCCGGAACCCAGACAUCAUCGUGCCUGAUGGUGGCAGUGUUGUGCUUUGCUCUGUUUGUGGGCAGUUUCUGCCCAGGCACUCUGAUGCCUUGCUCCAAGGUCCUGGAACAGCAAAUGAGUGGACCUGCAUCCGGUCAGCUGGAAGUCAAAGAGUCUUACACGGCUACAGUCAAAUCGAGGAAUCUGUUGACGACACUUGAAGACGAGCAGCCGCAUCCCCUCGGUUUGGGUGGACAGUAUCCAGACCAAUGGGAGGACACGUCAGUCGUUGUCAUGGCAGCGUGGCAUCGCACGGAGCAGCAUAAACUCAGAGGGGUGGAGCCUAACAGAGUGGAAACACACCCACCUUUCAGGAGUAAAAGCAACGAUACGCAGACAUCCAAAAACCUGCUCCUGGACCUGCACAGGUCACUGGAGCAGAGGAUAAAUGUCCGCCGUGCUAAAGUGAUCGAGCUGGAGCAAACUGUCAAUGAGACCUCCUGAGGUCGACACCCCCUUCCACCCCACAUUGACCUUUGCCCUCUUCCCCGUGAUAGACCUGGUCUCGGUGUCCUGGAACAAACCUCUCAGAUUAAAAUCUUUUUAAAAUCAGAUACACUGUGUUGGAAACCAUCCUGAGGAGGCACUGGCUGCCUUCAUGUCUGACAUAAACGUGCACUGAAUACUUCUCCACACGUCCUGUCUGUUGUCCCGUGAACCCAGAAUGAGACAACAUGCAGAAUCAAAAUGUAAAAAUAAUCUGAAUAAACGAUGAAGCGUUGCAUGUACAUACUCGUAUUCCAGUGGAAAGUCUAUUCAAAUCAAAGGUGAGGCUUGUUGCAGGACGCUGACGAGCGCAGAGGACGUUCGUAUUUAUGCAGCCUUUUUAUUUGUUGGCGUUGUUCAGAAUUUAUUGCUCUUUGUAGUUCUAUUAAUAUUAAAUAUUUUUUAUUUCAUUCCGGCAAUACUUGUAUCCCUUUUUGAUACGUGGUUGUGUUCAUAUUGUGUUUUUAUGUUAUUAUAUUAUUUUUAUGCUGUUUUGUGCUCAGAAUUCCUUUGAACUUUAAAACUGAUUAUUUGCAGAUAUUAAAAAUGUUCAAAGAUUUCUGUAAAAGUCAGUGUUAGUGAACAUGAUGUAAAGUUCCAGAUUUUAAUGCAGAAGUGUAAGUGUCAUUUCACACAGCGCAGCAAAACCAAAUCAUACCAGACUGGGGGGUGCUACUGGACACAUGACUCUGUUAGAAUAUCCUCAUCAGCCUUUUUCACUUUGUUAUAUUCAAGUUAGUGUUGAUUAUUGGACACCUUGUGUCCUGAAGACUAAUGCUGUUUUUGACCAGUGAAGUGUCUGAAUCGGUGGUCUCAAACUGCUGACCUGUGGGCCAGAUUAGGCCUGUAACAUGACUUCAUAACACCCACCUGUGUGUUUAGAAUUUAUUGGACUGUAAAAUAUGCAUAUUUAUUAAUCUCUGACAUCUUUCAUUAUUUUUACAGUAAUCAAAAGAUUGAAUGUCAGAGCACAAAUCAAAAUUGUUGACUUUAGUGUUUGUGUGAAGCUGCGGAAGAGAUAAUCAGUAAAGCCCAUCUUACAGCACAUGUAAGCAGUUAAAUCCAGUGUGUAAAACCAGUUUAAUGUGACUAAAUGUUCCUUUAAAAUUUAAAGCUACAGUGUGUAGGAUUUUACUGUCAUCUAGUGGUGAAGUUGCAGAUUACAUUAUAAUUUCACCAGUUAAUAUUUUAUGUGCCUUCACAUUUUCACUUCUUUGUUGAUGAGGAUUCUUGCUCCCUCACUUCCUCUUAUGAUGAGCAACAUAUAUGAUGCUACAUUUCUUAAAAAUGAGGCUUCUCAAACUUUAUAGCCUGUGUUAACAAACCAGUGCACAGCAGUGCUACCACUGAUUCCUCUGAUUAUUACUAAUCUUUUUUUCUUUUUUUUUUAUUAUUAUUCAGUCUUUCAGCUGUGCUGUAAAAUGGGAAAAUGGAGUAAUCAUGUCUAUAGAGUUGUCCCUUUUAGGCUACUGUACAAACAUGGUGGCCUCCAUGAGGGAGGACUCCCAUGUAGCUGUGAAGGUUCAUUCUCAUUUUAUGAAAACACAUUGACCCGUGGUUGCAGGUAAUUACACACUAAUAUACAGAUGCUAUAUUCCAUUUAUGCUAAUACACGUCCAUAAAUCAUACACACAGCAGCUUUAAUGUGCAGAACACUU